AUGCCUCCCAAGAAGAAGAAUGAGGAGACCAAGAAGAUCAUGCUUGGUCGUCCGGGAAACAAUUUGAAGGUGAGAAUUGUCGGACUCCCAAACGUCGGCAAAUCAUCUUUCUUCAACACUCUGUCACAGACAGAUCUGGGAAAAGCAGCUAACUUUCCAUACGCUACGAUCGACCCUGAAGAGGCCCGUAUCCCCCUCCCUGACGAGCGUUUCAACUGGCUCUGCGAGCUUUACAAACCCGCCUCCAAAGUUCCGGCCUUUUUGACGUGUAUCGAUAUCGCUGGAUUGACCGCUGGAGCAUCAACAGGAGCCGGUCUCGGAAACGCCUUCUUGUCCCAUGUCAGGGCAGUGGACGGAAUCUUCCAGGUGGUCAGGGCAUUCGAUGACGCUGAGGUCAUUCACGUGGAGGGAGAUGUCGACCCUUUGAGAGACAUGCACAUCAUCAGCACGGAGUUACGGUUGAAGGAUAUCGAAUGGGUGGAGAAAGACUUGGAGAGGCUGAAGAAGGGUGCGAAAGCGUUGGGAACAUCCAGUCUGGCUGCCAAGGCUCGGGCGGAGGAAACUGCUACUGUUGAAAAGAUACUCGCGCUCCUUGCCGAUGGCAAAGAUGUCCGUAAGGGGAACUGGAACAAUAAAGAGGUCGAAAUCAUCAACGGCCUCAACCUGCUCACCGCCAAACCCAUCACAUACCUCGUCAACCUGUCCGAAAAGGACUUUGUCAGGAAGAAGAACAAGUGGUUGGCGAAGAUCAAGGGAUGGAUAGACGAGAACAACCCGGGAGACGCUUUGAUUCCUUUCAGUGUGGCUCUGGAAGAGCGUCUCGUCGACAUGUCUGACGAGGAGAAGAUUGCGGAGGCGGAGAAGCUCGGUCUGCCAAAGGGCAAUCCGAGUGCCUUGGGAAAGAUCACCACUGCUGGAUACACCAGUCUCGACUUGAUCCGAUACUUCACUUGUGGUCCUGAUGAAGUCAGGGCGUGGACGGUCAGGAAAGGCAUCAAAGCACCUCAAGCUGCCGGUGUCAUCCACUCUGACUUUGAAAACAAGUUUGUCUGUGGUGAAAUUAUGUCCUAUGAGGAUCUGAAAGAACACGGUAGUGAAGCUCAGGUCAAAGCUGCUGGAAAGCUCAGACAACAGGGCAAGCCGUAUGAGAUUGUAGAUGGAGAUAUCUGUUACUGGAAGUGUGGUGCUUAA